CGAAAACGUGGACGGGCUGAAACUCCGGCUUGGCUCAACCAGACUGCUCUCUCCCUUGGUGACAUCGUGCCCGUGGUACCUGAGGAAUGAAAGCUGUCAUUUCAGCCGGAUGUCAAACACGAGAAAUCGGACAGCUGCCCGAGCACCCACAGUGUUCACUGUUCACUGUUCACCAUGUUUCAGUGGCUGGAGUGGUUCUUUCCUGGCCUGAAUUCGCGCCUACAAAUCGAGGCUGUCGCCCGCGGAAGCGAAAUACAUGAUUCUAGCAUCUGAUAUCGAACCAAGUCAGACGAUCCUAACCGAACCUAAAUAAUCGUCUCUGCGAAAGAAAGCACUCUCUCAGCUUGUUCACGAUGCGCCACCUCUCGCUGACCGUCCUCUUCUCCCUCCUCAGCACCACCACCCUCGUGGCAGCACGUCCCCCUGCUCCCUCGACCACCACGACAACGUGCGAGAGCAGCCCCAAGCCGACCUACCAGCCCUGCGGCGGCUUCCGCAUCAAGCCCUUCGACUGCCCCAAGGGCCAGGCCUGCAUCGACGACCCCUACACCGGCGGCUGCGGCAUGGCCUGUGACAUGCCCGGCAUCUGCGUCGACGUCGCCGCCUCCGCCUUCUGCGGCGGCUUUGCUGGCAUUCCAUGCAAGGACGGCAGGAAGUGCGUGGAUGACCCGCGCGACGAAUGCGAUCCCGACAAUGGCGGUGCCGAUUGUGGUGGUAUCUGUGUCUGAGCAGGGAGUCGGAGUCUCGGAGUAUAAGAGGGGGGUGGUUGGGGGUGAGAGGAUACUGCCGAGGUUAGGGAGGGUUGUAUGUACUACAUCGAUUGGAACGCCAAAACAAACCAGGAAGAGAGCCACGAGAUAAAUGGAAAAGCCUGAGCAUCUCGGAAUAUGGGUGUAUUCUCGUUGAUUCUAUUCUUUAGCCUUUUCACAGACCCUAUAAACAAGUAGUUGAGCCAA